CUAUUUCAGUCAUAUGGGAGAAGUGUUGGCGUAAAGUACUAAUCCCGGGAAACUUAAGUGCAUAUUAAGUGAAUUCUAGUAAACUACAAAGUGAUCAUAAUUAUACGUGCAUACAUACAUAUACGUAAUAAAAGAAAAUUUACGUAUUUCCAGUAUUUCUAAAGUUAGAAAAGACAUUUCUAUUUUCGCUCAUUAUGUUCUCAAAAUUCUCCACCAACUUGGCUGUACGCUACAUGAGCAGCCAACAGCAAAAGCUCCAGCAGACUGCACACAAAGUGACAUCACAACAAGUAUUUGACCGUGAAAACAAAUACGGCGCACACAAUUAUCACCCCCUACCGGUGGCGUUGACACGUGGCGAGGGUGUUUUCGUUUGGGAUGUUGAGGGUAAACGUUAUUUUGACUUUCUAAGUGCCUACUCAGCUGUCAAUCAAGGCCAUUGCCAUCCAAAAAUUGUGAAUACUCUAACAGAACAGGCGCAGAAGCUAACGCUGACAUCCAGAGCCUUCUACUCUGACGUUCUGGGCGAAUAUGAAGAGUUCAUAACAAAGCUUUUCAAUUACGACAAAGUUUUGCCAAUGAAUACUGGUGUUGAGGGUGGCGAAACCGCUUGUAAAAUCGCACGUGCCUGGGCGUACAUGAAGAAGAAAGUGCCAGAUAAUCAGGCUAAGAUACUCUUUGCUGAGAACAAUUUCUGGGGCCGCACCUUGUCUGCUAUUUCCGCAUCCACUGAUCCAUUAAGUUACGAAAACUUUGGGCCUUAUAUGCCUGGUUUUGAAAUUGUCAAAUACAAUAACCUCGAGGCUUUGGAGAACGCCUUACAAGACCCUAAUGUUUGUGCAUUUAUGGUUGAACCCAUCCAAGGUGAGGCAGGCGUUGUGGUGCCAGCUACGGGUUACUUGACGAAAGUGCGCGAGCUUUGCACCAAAUACAACGUAUUGUGGAUAGCGGAUGAGGUGCAAACUGGUCUGGCGCGCACUGGACGCAUGCUAGCCGUCGAUUAUGAGGCGGUUAAGCCUGAUUUACUUAUACUGGGUAAAGCGCUAUCGGGUGGCCUCUAUCCAGUCUCAGCAGUAUUGGCUGACGAUGCAGUGAUGGAGUGUAUACAACCUGGACGCCAUGGCUCAACAUAUGGUGGUAACCCCUUGGGCUGUAAAGUGGCCAUUACUGCGCUGGAAGUGCUGCUAGAAGAACGCCUAGCGGAGAAUGCAGAAAAAAUGGGAAAUUUACUACGCAGCGAACUGAAUACGCUGCCCAAGGACAUUGUGAGUAUCGUGCGCGGAAAAGGUCUACUAAAUGCCAUUGUAAUCAACAAAAAAUUUGAUGCAUGGGACAUAUGCCUGAGAUUACGUGACAAUGGCCUCCUUGCCAAGCCCACACAUGGCGAUAUCAUUCGCUUUGCACCACCACUCGUCAUCUCAGAGGAACAAACGCGCGAGUGCGCCGAAAUCAUUAAGAACACAAUCCUGAGCGUUUAAACGCUUAUUACAUUUUUUUAUAGCCUUUGGCAUUUAUUAGCAUUUUUUAGACACGUAAGCGCAGCCUUUAAGAUAGCAACUAAAAUUUCGGCAUGAAUGUAUGAGUGUUUUGGAGAUGCUACAAAUACAUAUUUUUUUAUAAAA